AACCCUGGGGCUGCUGGUAAAGCGAUUGGAGAAAGGUGGAAAAGCUGAACAAGAAAACCUUUUUCGUGAGAAUGAUUGUAUUGUCAGGAUUAACGAUGGAGACCUUCGGAAUAGGAGAUUUGAACAAGCACAGCAUAUGUUUCGCCAAGCCAUGCGUACGCCGUUCAUUUGGUUCCACGUGGUCCCUGCGGCAAAUAAAGAGCAGUAUGAACAGUUGUCCCAAAGUGAGAAGAACACGUACUACUCCAGCCGGUUCAGUCCCGAUUCCCAGUAUGCUGACGGCAAAAGUAUUAACAAUUCUGGACUUCACACGUUACAAAGAAUGUCUCGAGCGGGUAACCAGUCUGAUCAGACAGACUCCUACUCGCAGCUACCUCAUAGUGUGAAUUCAUCAGGGAAACCACCCUCGGGCCUGGUACCAUCACCUCAGAAAGUUCUCACCUCCACUGCAAACAGUGGGUAUAACACCAAAAAGAUAGGGAAGAGGCUCAGUAUACAACUGAGAAAAGGUACAGAAGGCUUGGGAUUUAGCAUUACUUCAAGAGAUGUCCCAAUUGGUGGCUCUGCUCCAAUUUAUGUGAAAAACAUCCUUCCAAGAGGUGCAGCUAUUCAAGAUGGAAGACUAAAAGCUGGAGACCGAUUAAUUGAGGUAAAUGGAGUCGAUUUAACAGGCAAAACUCAAGAAGAAGUUGUGUCCUUGCUGCGAAGCACCAAGAUGGGAGGGACCGUCGGCCUUCUGAUUUUUCGACAGGAAGAAACAUUCCAUCCAAGGGAACUGAAUGCAGAACAAAGCCAGUCACAAAUUCCAAAGGAAACGAAAGCAGAAGAAGAGGAGCUUGUCCUCACACCUGAUGGCACCAGGGAAUUCCUGACAUUUGAAGUUCCACUGAAUGACUCUGGAUCAGCUGGACUUGGCGUGAGCGUCAAAGGUAACCGGUCAAAAGAAAACCAUGCCGAUUUAGGAAUCUUCGUCAAGUCCAUUAUUAACGGUGGAGCAGCAUCCAAGGAUGGCAGGCUUCGAGUGAACGAUCAACUAAUAGCGGUAAAUGGAGAAUCAUUAUUGGGCAAAACAAAUCAAGAUGCUAUGGAAACCUUAAGGAGAUCCAUGUCCACUGAAGGAAACAAACGGGGAAUGAUUCAGCUUAUUGUGGCGAGGCGAAUAAGUAAAUGCAAUGAGCUGGAGUCACCUGGGAGCCCCUCUGGGCCAGAGCUCCCCAUAGAGACUCUGAUGGACGACCGGGAGCGGAGGAUUUCCCACUCCCUCUACGGCGGGAUCGAGGGUCUCGGCGAGUCGCCCACGAGGAGCGCAGCACUCAGUAGGAUAAUGGGUAAAUAUCAGCUGUCUCCAACGGUGAACAUGCCCCAGGAUGACACUGUCAUCAUUGAAGAUGACAGGCUGUCGGUCCUCCCUCCUCAUCUCUCUGACCAGUCGUCAUCCAGUUCCCACGAUGAUGUUGGGUUUGGCACUGUUGAUGCUGGUGGAUGGGCUAAAGCUGCAAUUAAUGAGUCAACAGACUGCACUCUUAGUCCAGAUGUUGAUCCAGUGCUUGCCUUCCAGCGAGAGGGUUUUGGACGCCAGAGCAUGUCAGAAAAGCGUACAAAGCAAUUUUCAGAUGCCAGUCAGUUGGAGUUUGUUAAAACACGAAAAUCCAAAAGCAUGGAUCUAGUAGCUGACGAGACUAAGCUCAGUACAAUGGAUGACCAGAAAACAGGUUCCCCAACCAGAGAUGUGGGGCCUUCAUUAGGUCUGAAGAAAUCCAGCUCAUUAGAAAGUCUGCAGACAGCCGUCGCUGAGGUGACUCUGAACGGUGAUAUUCCCUUCCACCGCCCGCGCCCGCGAAUUAUCCGAGGACGAGGCUGCAAUGAAAGCUUCAGAGCUGCCAUAGACAAAUCAUAUGAUAAACCUGUAGCAGACGAUGAUGAUGAAGGCAUGGAAACUUUGGAGGAAGACACAGAGGAGAGCUCGAGAUCUGGUAGAGAAUCUGUGUCCACAGCAAGUGAUCAGCCAUCCCACUCGUUGGAGAGACAGAUGAAUGGAAGCCAAGAUAAAGGCGAAAGAAAAAAGGCUGGAAAGGAAAAGAAGAAAGAUCGAGAUAAAGAGAAGGAUAAAAUUAAGGCAAAGAAAGGAAUGCUGAAAGGCUUAGGAGACAUGUUCAGUACCCAGAGGACGUGUGAGAUAGCUGCUUCAUCUUGCAAGCUUUGGCACGCAGGCAAAGGGCUGGCUUCAGAGGGUCCCAUCCGAAGAGAGGAGCCUUCAUGUUCCAGAGAGCCAGCUCGGUGCGGGGCUCCUCUCUGCCCUGCAGCCUUAGAGCCUAAUAACUGGUGUUCCCAUGUGGCUUUGAAAGCUCUAGAUGGAAAUGAGCGUGAAAGUGAAAAUUAA